AUCUUAGCAGUUCGAAUUCAGUCGGUGUUCACGUAUGUAUGUACGUUGUAACAUUAGUUCAGAAAGUGUAGCGCGAAAAUUGGUGAAAUUGUGAUAUAUUAAAUUACAUUAAUAAUUAGAAAUUUUAUCGUGAGAUUGAAUUUUCUAAAGUCUCGUCAUACGUGAAAUUCAACGAACUGUAUAGUGAUGAUCUUAUUUAUAAUCAACGAUAAUUACAGAAUAAAUAAAAGUGAUAUUUGAGGAAUCGUCAUUGAUCAAACGUAUUACAACGGGUGAAAUCUUUUCGAGUUUCGAAUAAACACGAGAAUGAACGACAUUGAUCGUCGAUUAAAAAGUGAUUAUAUCGAGGACAACGUAAAGCGACGUACAUAUCAAGGAUUCUUCGAAGGAUCUUAAUACAUAUCAGAAGCGAUGUUCAAGCAAUUUUUGGAAGUUUUAGGUGGAAAUUCGGCUCGAAGCGGAAUGUCCGUGGGUUCGGGAGGGCGGGCUCCCAUUAAACGUACAACCGGAACCACGACAUCGACCGUUAAUAAUUCGACCAAGAAUAAGUCGAAGCUCGAGCCAAGGCCGCCGUCUGGAGUUGGAAAAAAAAGAACGGACGCGGUGUCGUUGCUUUUCAGCGCGAAAAGGCCGCCUGGCAGAAAAGUCGAGCGAAAGCCGACAGCAACGACAACAACGACAACGACGAGGACGACGAAGACUCCUCAGAAGUCAGCGGGGACGAAAUCGGUGGAACGAUUAAAAGGACAGCAAAGCCAGCAGCAGCAGCAGCAGCAGCAACAGCAGCAGCAGCAGCAGCAACAACAACAACAACAACAACAACAACAAUCGACGCAGGGCCCACAACAACCACAACAACAGCAACAGGUCCCCCUGCGUCAGGCCCCGAGCGCCUCCUCGCUCGAAACAAAAACUGAGAGCUUAUCGACGGAAAACUGGAGUUCGAUCGGUAAAGAAGUUCCCAAGAGCAACGCCAAGAAUCAGCAACAGCAUCAGAAAGGACCCGCUAAGGGGUCCAGGAUGCAGGAGCUGGAACGGGAGAUCGAGAUCUUAAGAAAGGAUCGUGCCCGGCUUGAGGCUAAUCUAAGGGAAGCAACUACCGAUGCUCAAUCUUUACACGACCUGAAAACUGAACUUGCGUCUCUCAAGGAGCAGCAUAGUCUGGAGUUAGAUCGUCUUGCAGAAGAGAAUGAAGCUCUUCGUGCCCGUCUUAGGAAUGUAGCUCAUUCUCCGUUAUCUGAUUCAGAGAAGCAGCAGCUGCUAUUAGAUGCAUCAAGGCUUCAUAAUUCUGCACCAGCUUCGAUUGCUAUACCUCAAGAUGAUAGCUGUACACCAAAUGCAAAUCUAUCACAAGACAGUGCGCAAUGCACUACUCCGGAUUGGGAUAAACAUUCCUCUAGCUCUAUAUCAGAAGUUUCAGUGGCUUGUCUUCAAGACAGAAUAUUACAAAUGGAAGAAACGCAUUAUUCCACUAAUGAAGAAUUACAGGCAACUAUUCAAGAACUGAGUGAUUUACAAGCUCAAUUAACGGAACUGCAAGCUGACAAUGAAAGAUUAACAGAAGAAAAAGGUGUACUUUUGGAAUCAUUGUGUCGACAAACAGAAAAGCUAGAAGAUUCAAGAUCAAAAGUUGAUACUUUACAAGGACUUUUAUUAAGAGAAGAACAACCUCAAGAAUCGUCUAAAGGUUAUAACACAGAAAGAGAACAAAAAUUAGUUGACUUAUUGAAAAGUGCUCAAGAAGAACGAGAAGCUCUGCUUCAAAAGCAAGAAGAAUUAACGUCGGAAUUGAAAAAUUUAAGAACGACCGCCGAUGCUAAUGCUACAGAAGCAGAAAGAUUAAGAAAAUGUGUCCAUUUGCUUGAAUCUACUAUAGAAACAGUCAAUAUAGAACGUAAACAAUUGGAUGUAGAAUUAGCAGAAGCACGUCAAGAAGGUGCGAACAGAAGUAUAGAAAUUAGCAGAUUAGCUACCUUGCUGGAUAAUGCCAGAGCUAAGAUUGAAGAAUUGGAGCAAUCAAGACAAGUAGAAAGUAAAAGUGAAGCUGAUGAAUUGUUAGAUGCUGCAAGACGUGAAAAAGAUACGUUAGAAACGCAAGCUGCAGCUUUACAAGAACAAUUGGCACGUUCGCAUUGUGAUCAUGAUCGUCUUAGAGAUCAAUAUUCUCAACUUCAAGAAGAAUACAAGGUUGCUCGAAAUAAUGCUAAAUCAGCUAUUGAUGACUUGGAAUAUAGAUUAAAUCAAUUGAAAGAUGAACGACUUUCUGUCAGUACGGAAUUACAAUUAGUAAGAGAUUCUUUGGCAGAAUUACAAACACAAUGUCAACGACAUCUAGAAGAUAAAAGAGAAUUGAAGGCUGCUCUUAGCGAAGCACAAAGAAGGGAACGGGAAGCACAAACUCAUCAAUACGAGUUAGAACGUGCUUUAGCUGAGGAACGUAGAUUGAGACAAGAAGAAAGUGCUGAAUGGGAACAAUUCCAGACGGAUCUACUUAUGACUGUUAGAGUUGCGAAUGAUUUUAAAACUGAGGCCCAGAGCGAAUUAGAACGUGUAGUAUUGGAAAACAAAGCGCAAAGAGAUAAAUUGAGAACAUUAGAGGCUCAACUAGAUAAACUUAAUAAAGGCAAUACCACAGUGUCCAACAAUAAAGUAUUUGACACUACUAGCAGAAAUAAACGAAAACCGACUAGCAUUAUUUUGAAACGUGGACGUACUAUUACAAAACGUCCUCGUGAGAUAAGACGGCACAUAUCACCGACUAAUUUAUUUAAAACGUUAAUCAAAAAAAAUUCAUACAAGAUAAUAAAUAAACCUACCGAACUUGCUCUUAUUAAUACAACAAAGGAACAAGAUAUUACAGAGUUAUCAAAAGAUGAAACAGAUCUGGGUAAUCCAUGCUCUGUCAAAGAAGUAAUUAAAGUAGAUGAAAAAUUAAUGUCUGGUAAGGAGAUUGAAUUUUGUCCAGCUUCUACUCCAAAAAGUAGAAAUCUUGAUACGAGUACAGGACUGACUAUAUUAGAAAGUGAGAUAGUAGAUUCGACAAAAGAAAACGUCAAUGAAAUAUCUGAAAAAUUAUCUAUUAAUCAAUCUGUAAAUAUCCAACAAAGUGAAUUAUAUUCUGAGAUAAAUAAUAGCAUAGAUGUAGAUUUAAUAAAUGGUCUAGAAAAUGAGAAUAGUAAUCGUAAACUUUAUAUUACCAGCUCACCUAAUAUAGAUAAAAAUGCAAUUUUUAAAAGCUCUCUACUAAAAAAUAUCAAAGGAAUUCAAAGUAUUGAUACAAAUUCUUAUGGUAUCAAUAUUUCAAACAGUAGAUUUUUUGUACCAAAGAAUUAUGUAUUUUCUGAUAUUGACAGUUCAAUGAAUGAUCUUAAAUUUGAAGUAGAUCCAGAGAUGAGCAAAUUAUUGCAAAAAAAUGAAAAUAAAAUUCCUAAUGGAGCAGAUUCAAAUUUAAUCUCAGAAAUCACUAAUGAAAAAUCUCCUUUGGAAGAUUCAAUAAUAUCCAAAACAACAGUGACCAAAGAUACUUUUACAUCAGGUGAUAAAGAAAAAUCCUUGCAUCAGCUUCCUGAGGCAAAUAAUUUAACAAAAGAAAUUAUUAACUUGAAUGAUAAAAAGAAACGAUUAUUUUUAAAAAGAUAUGAAUCAAAACCAAGUAGUGAAAUAGUUGACUCUCUUUUGGAUAACAUACAAUAUAAACCAAAAUCGAAUAUGAUUAAUUAUUAUUUACGACAUAAGAAUCUUUCUGCGUCAUUAGAUAAUCUUGAUUCCUAUAGAAUUACCGAUAAUAAUGAUAUUAUUCAAACUCACAGAAGUUACGAAUCUCUUCCAAUUAUUGAUUAUGAAGCGAAAAGUAAAAUGAUAAAAGAAAAAAAUUCUAAUAAUAAUCAAUCUACUAUAGAUAAUAAAAAACAAAAUUGUAUUUCUGUUAAUGACAAUGAACAAUCUCCUAUAAAACGUAAUUAUCGUUCGGCACAUGAUGCAGAUACGCAUACUUCAGUUUACAAACAAAGGAAUAUCGAUGUAAAGGCAAAAACAACUAAAAGUACCAUAAAAAGUAAAGAUGCCAAUUACAGUCCAAAUAAUAUUUCUAUUAAAUUUCAUUUAGAGAGGGAUCAAUUGAAAGAUCAAGAUUCCUUGAAUUGUGAAAGAAAGAGUACAGGAAAAGCAAUUUAUGAAUGUAACAAAUCAAAAUCUUUUCAAUAUUCAAAACAUAAUUAUUUAGAAAAACGUAAUUCUUAUCCAUCUAUGUCUUCUAUAAAGCAUAUUCCUAUAUCUUCUGUUUGCAACACAAUACAUUCUAUAACACCAUCGUACACAUCGAAUAGAACUUCAACCUAUACUUUAAGAGACAGGACUCAAACAUCUGAACAAUUUUCUCCUACUAGAAUGCUAAACAAAUCAUUUAAAGACAUAUCCAAAUAUAAUGAUAUACAAAGUGACAGAUAUUUAGCUUUAUGUGAAGCUAAUCGUUUGAAACGUUUGAAAUUUUUAAGGAUGAAUUUGCAAACAGAUUACAAUAUAGAAGAUAAAAAGAUACAUAGUUAUAUUGCUAGAAAAGUAUCAGUAAAUAAUGACAAUUAUAAUACGAGUAUCGUGCCUGAAGUCUCACAAAACGAUACUAAUUUUGCCUUGCUAUGCAAAGAUCGAGCGAUAGGUCGUACAACAUCCUUGAGAGACAAAUUUGAGACUAUCAUAGAAGAUGUGGAACUGAGAGCAGGUCGACGUUCGUUAACAGGAAAAACUUGCGACCAUCCGAUCGAUUUUUCAGCAAAUCAAAAAGUUGUACAACAACCACCUGCAAGGCCAGCGAGUACACCAACGGAAACGCAACAAUGUGUUUUAACAAGUGUACAACAGGAAAUGGCUGCACGACGAAAGGCUAAUAUUUCGCGCCAAGAUUCCAGAUUAUCUGUUAAAUGUUUAAUAGAAAGUAUUGAAAACGCUACAAAACAAGCUAAAGCUGGACCGGGAAGUCGUAGCAGUUCAACAUCGUCUUUGAAUUCUAUAGGAACAAAUGAUAUAAUGACACUGAAAUCUCCUCUCAGAGAUCAGCAACAAAUAAACAACUUAAUCUGUACAUCAAAUUCACCAAAUAAUAAUAAAACACAGGCGGCAAUAAAUAGGAAACCAUUAACAGAAACAAAGUCAGCAGUACCCGUGGUUUUAAGUCCUGGUGAACUUUUGGAUUCUGCUGCAUUAAAUGUCAAGGCUAUUGAUUUUGUUCGUCGAAAUAGUGUGACAGAUUUAUCAGAACGUAAAGAUCCUCUUUGUGGUUUGAUCAAGAAUGGUGGUUCUAAGAGAAAUGCAUUGCUUAAAUGGUGUCAAAACAAAACAUUAGGCUAUCGAAAUAUCGAUAUAACUAAUUUUAGCAGCUCUUGGAACGAUGGCUUAGCUCUUUGCGCUAUUCUUCAUUCUUAUCUUCCAUAUAAAGUACCAUAUGAUACUUUAACACCUGCUGAAAAACGAAAAAAUUUUUCCAUUGCAUUCUCUGCUGCUGAAAGUGUUGGCAUACCUACAACCUUGAAUAUAGGAGAAAUGUGUCAACUGGAAAGACCCGAUUGGCAGCAAGUUAUGACAUAUGUGACUAGUAUUUAUAAACAUUUUGAAACAUAAUCGUGGUCACUAUCGAAGAUUAAGCUAUAUCAUUCUUCCCAUUGAAUCCUCUUACACUUAUUUGAGUGAUCAAGAACAACGGCAUCUAGUCAACUAAAUUCUGCAAGAUACGAUUUUAUACAAAUUUUUCAUUAUUGCUGGAUUAGAGCACUGCCUAUACUGUAUAUAUAGCUUUAUGUGAAAGGAUCUAUUGAAGCAUACAGAGAAUUCGAUGGAAGACUACACACCAAAUGGAAUUGCUUUUAUCAUGAGACUGAAAACUUAUUUACACAUGUGUACGCAUACAUACUAUGUAUAGUAAAACCAAGAAAUGGAUAUUUAAAUCUGAUGAAAGUAUAAAACAAAUACCUUUUAUAUAUAUAUAUAUACACACAUAUACAUAUAUAAAAGGAAAGAUAUAGUAUAUAAUUAAAUGCAAACUUCACGACUUUCUAUAAUAAAUAUAACUAUGCUUUGCAGUGUCUUUUUAGCAGAGUUAUGCUAUACACAUUGCAAUAUGGUAUGCAUUGCAUAUAUGAAAAUGCAUGUUUACAUAGUAGAGUCUUGCAUAUUUGCAAAUAAUAAAUGUCAAGUAUUUGCGUUCCUCAUACUGUA